UCCUGAAACUCUUUUUAGCCAAUAUUUCAAUAUUCUAUCUGGAUGUCAGAACACUCAACAAAGCAAACUCCUUUGAAAUUAUUUUAGUCCUAAGGUUUUCUACUGUAAGAAGAACUCUGCCUCACCUACAUGUUAAAUCAAAGUGAACCCAACCAUUGAAAAAAUAUCUUUGAUUUACCUGACAGGAUCCCUUGAAAACCAGAGUAAAUCCCAAGAAAUUUAAUUCCUCUUUGCAGACAGAAAUUAUGCUUUUUUUCUUUAUUGAGCAUGAAACAGUGGUAGUUCUAGCAGUGAAAUCAAGUGGAUGAUGGCACAGCCUAAGGCAAAAUUUGUGAUCAGAGCUAACUUCCAGCCAAAGGCUUUUUUCUUGCAUUCUCUUUCCUACCAGCAAGCAAUAAAAUUAGAAAAUUCAGUAAAAUAUUUGUAACCUCCAUACAAUUGUGAAGAAUUUCCAUUAUUCUUGAAUAUGGUCAGGCUUCUUGAUGUGAUGGUAAAAUGAAGAUUUAGCACAGUAACUUUAGACAGGCUAAGAGCAAGACAUUCACAUGCAAAUAGUGAAGUACUGCUAACAAGGCAACAGUCGGCAUUGCUAUAGGGGAUUCCAAGGUUUUCAGUCCUUGAACAGUGCCCUGCCCUCUCCCCACUGCCAGCUCUUUACUGAAUUGCUAUGGAAAAUCAAUGGUGACUGAAAAAGGUCUAUUUUUUUUUUAAACAGCUGUCUAUUCACAGACUGCCUUGAACCCUUAAACAGAUGAUCACUGAUUCCUGAGGGGGAAAAAGAAAACACACUUUUUGAUUCAAGUACUUAAGUUCUUGUUUGAAAACGCUUGCCUAAGCAACUAUUAUACUGUUGAUUUCUGAUAGCCUCAAGGGAAAGCACUGCAGUUAAGAAGUCACUAGUGUCUCUUCAGGACAGGAGGCUGCAAAAAUCUCUGCAAUAAAGCAUUUAAAAAUUAACCUGUAGCACAAAGUUCACAACAAACCCAUGCAAUUUAUUUUCAGGAACUGAAUUUAUUUUCAGGAAUUUUAAGAUUUGGUUCAACGUAAGAUAUUUAGACAGAGUAAUUUGUGAUCUCAGGGUAGGAAAGGAGAUUUAUACACCAGAAUACUUAUGGUCUGAAACUCAGUAAUUAAUCAGAAAUAACUGCAUGUUUUGACCCUGGUGACAGUGAUAUAAAACUUUACAGCCCCUAAGGGACAGAACUUGUUCAGACUUCACUAUGUGAAUACUGGGGUGUUCUUUUUUAUUUUGUUUUGUUCAUUUUGCUCGUAUGUUUGUUGUGCCGCAGUGAAAACUCAAUGACCAAAGUUAUGAAGCAGGUAGUCUUCAUUAGGGCGCGUGGUGUGGGGGGGAUCACUCCGCCUAACACACACACACCAAGGGUUACUGGCAGUGUGCUUAUAUUAGUGGGACAAAUACAUAUUCAUCUCAUUUCCUGUAAGGCUCUUGCAUAUUCAUCAGGUCUCCAAAGAAUCAUUAACAUAGGUUCCCGCUCCUAUUCGCAUGCAUACUGGAGUCCUUGGGUGGUCGUGCGGCAUACUCUGGUGGUCUUUUGAUGAAGGCCAGAAGUCUUCCUCACUGCUAAACUCCUGACCCUUCCUUUCUUUGACAGACUUCAGCAGUCAAGCCAGUUCUUGCUGGUUCCAUUAUCUAUGCAUACAGUCUUUUACAUACAUUUAUACAACAUACAAUCAUGCUAGCUAAGACCUACAGAAUCAACAUCCUUUGUCUUGUUCUCUGUCUCAGUUGUAUAUAAUUGAUAGUAUACGUAAAGGAGAUGCUUUCUUUUCUCAGCUCCUUUACCUCUCUAUUCAAAUAUGUGGUUUAUAAGACCUCUUGUCAUAGUUGUCAUAAAACAGGGUAAGAAAAUGAUGAUUCUUUAAAAUGUCUGGAAAUAAUUAUGUGUAAUUCUUCUGAUACUAUGUCUUUCUUCUUUGUGCAGAUUAUGGAAGGAGGAGAGCUCUCUGGACUUUUGGUAAAUGAAAUUUGUGGAAUACUUGGGAUACUUGCAUGGUCACAUGGAGUUUCUGAAAAAAAACGUUUCUACCUCAUCACCAUGAAGAAAUUUCUUGAAAACAGAAAGCAUAUGAGUAAAAAGGUCCAAGCAAUUUGAUUGUGGUGGCACAAACCAGUCAUUGACCAAGACCUCCACCAGAGCCUGCCAAACUGGAAAGUGAUUGCAGAUUUGGGAGUAGGAAUGGAUCACCUGGAUCUGAAACUUGUAGGUAGUUUUGAUGUGAAAAUGGCUAAUGCUCCAUGUGCUGUAUCUAGCAGCACAGCAGAUACGGGGAUGGCUUUGUUGCUGACAUCUGCUACAAGACUAGUGGAAGGUAACACUUCAGUUCUUUUGUGUUGCAGUGUGAUCCUUUGUUUCCCCAUCAGGAAAGAGCAGGAACAGCAGGAUGUUGGUGCCAUUUACUGUAAGAAGAUAGUUGAUUUGCUCCAGCAGGCAGAUUUUGCAAUGGUGGUGGUGAGUCUGACACCUCAGACACACAAGCUGAUUGGGAAAGGAGAGAUUGACCUGAUGAAACCCACAGUUACUCUCAUUAACAUCAGCCAAGGUGCUGUAGUUGACAAAGGGGCACUGGUGAUAGUUCUGCAGACUGAUAUUAUUGGAGCCGCAGCUUUGGACAUCACCUGCCCAGAAUCACUGCCCAGGUUGUCAUCUGUGUUUAUUUCUCUGAAACACUGAGUGAGCCCCACUAGAUGCCCAGAGGCAGGGGUCUGGCAGACAGCCCCUACACUCCUGGCUUUUGUGUAAAAGUGCUGUGCAUAAGAAUGGGAGACAGCCCAGAUGCUGGGACUGAUAACAGGCCAAAGGGAAGCGUAGGCACCAGGAAACAACAGGAGGGAACUUGUGUGACACUGGAGCAGUAAACCAAUCCACAAAAUCACCUUUUAAAACUACAUCAAGUGUUUAUCUCAAUUCUUUUUUCUGAAGAUGUAACAUACCAUGAAUGUGUGGAAGCAGCUUGAACCACCACCCCUUCUUAGACCUGCUGUAUUGUCCCAAAUUUUCACUCCCCACAGGCUCGUUUCCCCAAUACAAAGCUGAAGUACUGCACAUAUCUUGGGCCCAGAGGCUAUGGGCACGUCUACCAGCAUGGUGCCUCAUGGAGUUAACUCUACUGGCUGGGUUUUGGGGUGAGGGGAUUUUGGUCUUGUUAUGCUAGUAUGCCCAGGACAUUGCUGCCCAUUACCUGAGCUGCAUAAGUACAGCUAAGACCAUUGUGUAAGGUUAACAUGCCAGCAGGGCUUAGUCCUCUCUUCUGAUAUAAUUGCUAUCUUGUGGCAAAAAUCUGUUUCUGGUCUUGGGCAAAAGAGCACAGUAUAAAUUCUUAACAGAUCCUUCUAACGUCCAAAACUACUUGAACACCAGGUGGUCAGGAUCUGUGGAUGUGAGACUUGUAAAAUUAUAUUAAAUUAUCUUUGUAGUUAAAUACAGUGCUAAAAGCCAAAACAAGACUCCUCCUCCUUUGGACAACAAACCAUAGGUAACAUAACUUACUGGAAAGCAGGCCUUACCUACAGCAAGCAGACAGGUUAGUGGUAACUUCAUGAUGACUUACAGUCAGUGAAAACAAAUGUAUUGCUUGAGUUGGCCUUGCCCGAAACAACAAACUCACGUGAUUUUUAUUUUUUUUUUGUCCUAUAAAUCCUGGUCACAUAUAACACUA